AUGGCAGGCUCCCAACUCCGCCCUCGACGGUCCUCCCUCGCCCCUCCCUCUUCCUCCGCCUCUCCCUCACCCAACUCCGACGAAGCAGGAGCAACGGGCGCAGCGGGAGAGGAAGUAGUGAUUGAAGGCUACAUGCUCAAGAAGAAACGAAAGGCGUUGCAGGGGUUCGGGAGGAGGUACUUCCGACUCUCUUCGUCCGGCGCAUUGUCGUACUCGUUCAACCCCUCUUCUCCAUUGCGCGACUCGAUCUUUGUUUCACUCGCAUUCAUCUCGGCGUCGAGGAAGCAGAGGACGUUGCAUAUCGAUGGCGGGAACACGGUGUACCAUUGCAAGGCCUUGACUUUGGAAGACUUUGAUCGCUGGGCCGACGCGCUCAAACGGUUCAUCAACCUCGCGCAACAAGAUCACCACCACCACCAGCACCAACAACAAGCUUCUCUCCCCGUCCCGCCGCAGGAACUGGAAGAUGGUGGAUUCAAGGGUGGGAACGUUGCGGCUGUUCAGGGGGGCAAGAAGGGUGCUGUGGUACUUCCUCCUCAGCCUCCGACUGGUGGCGGAACAGGGUCGGGAGGGAUGGAGAGCGGAGAGGUGGAGAGGGUCAAGAGGGCGCUUGGGGCGAUGGCGCAGCCUAUGACAGAUAUCGAGUCGCUCGCGCGCGAACUUAGGCAGUCUUCCUCGCCCACUCCCCAGCCGACUCAGCAGCAAGUGACCAACUCGCAGUUGUCGGUCUCGCCUGGUUCGCUCUCGCCUGCCCCUACCAACAACAGCGGAAGUGGGAGUGGGAGCAAAUUCCGAUUCCUCGGGAAACGGUCAAACAGUACCUCUCAGCCGGGACCCAAGUCGCCCGUCUCGGAAGAGCCGUCUUACUUCGAUGACAAGGCGACUCCCACACCGACCCAAGACCUCCUCCUCCGCCAACUGCAAUCCGCCGUCUCAGCUUUGCGCCAAUCACACGCAGACCUCUCGACCGCCAUCUCCUCCCUCUCCUCUCCUCCUCCGCGCGCCGGCUCGCCCGUCUACGCCUCGCGCUCUCACCCAACCCGUGCCUCAAGCCGCGCGAGUUUCUCGAGCUUCUUUUCGGUCGAAAACGCGAGUGAGGAUUGGUUUGAUGCGGUGCCUGGGGAGUUUGUGCUGGAGGAGGAGGAGGGGAGGAGGGGGGUUGCUCGUGAUGAUGAUGAGGAGGAGGAGGAGGAGGAUGGGGAGGAGGGAGAGGAGAAGAUGGAGGAGAGGAGUGGGUCGAGUGGCGGUGAGGCGUCGACUAUCGUCGAGGACGAGGAGGACGACGAGUCUGCCGAUGAGGAGGAGGACGACGCCGAGACGACGAGGGCGUCGUCACCCGCUGGGGCUGGCGUUGGAUCAAGCGUCGCAAAGGGCUUGCAGGAGGGAACGCAGGUCCAGCGUAGGAAACAGCUGCCGAGUCCGGUUGCGGGAGACGAGUUCUCGAUGCUGAGCAUGCUGAGGAAGAAUGUCGGAAAGGACCUCUCGACCAUCUCCUUCCCCGUGACGAUGAACGAGCCUCUCUCGGCUCUCCAGCGCCUCGCUGAGGAACUCGAGUACUCGGAGUUGCUCGACCGCGCGGCGGCGACCAAGGACCCUGUCGAGCGACUUACGCUUGUUGCGGUGUUUGCGAUCAGCGGGACGGCGGGCAACAAGUUUAGGAGCUCGAGGAAGCCUUUCAACCCUCUCCUCGGCGAGACGUACGAGUGCAUCCGCCCCGACAAGGGCUUCCAGUUCGUCUCGGAAAAGGUUUCGCACCAUCCGCCCGUCCUUGCCUUCCACAGCGACGCGCCGCAGCGAGGCUGGCAGGUAUUCGGCCACAUCGCGCCGAGUCAGAAGUUCUGGGGUCGCUCGAUGGAGGUCUUCGUCCACGGCGACUACUGCAUCCGCUUCUCGGACAACUCGGAGACGUUCCACAUCCGCAAACCCUCGUCUUUCGUUCGCAACCUCGUCGCCGGCACCAAGUACCUCGAAGUCGUCGGCGACCUCGUCGUCACGACCGACUCGUCCUCGGCGCAGGCCACCAUCUCGUUCAAGGAGGGCUCGGCGUGGGGCGGAAGCUUGACGAGGAACAAGAUUGACGGCAAGGUCGUCGAUGCGGAUGGCAAGACCGCUGUGGAGCUCGUCGGUAGGUGGGACGACGCGGUGGACAAGAAGGAGGGCAAGAACAAUUUCACCCGCCUCUGGCAAAUCGCCGAGUUCCCGCCGAACCCCGAGCGGUACUACGGCUUCUCGUCGUUCGCCGUCACGCUCAACGAAACGACCUCGCUCGAAGAAGGCCUCGUCGCGCCGACCGAUUCGCGUCUCCGGCCCGACCAGCUCGCGUUCGAGCGCGGCGAAGUCGACGAGGCGGAGCGGCUCAAGGCGCAGGUCGAGGAGAAGCAGCGCGCGAAGCGCAAGGAGGGAAAGGUGGGCGAGCCGAGGUGGUUCACAAAGGCGGCGGGCGGCGAGGGGUGGGAGUACACGGGGAAGUACUUCGAGGCGCGCGACAAAAAGGCCUUCGAAGAUCCCGACAUCUUCUGCUGA